UGAGGGCGGAGACGGCUCCGAUAGGCCCCAGUUUGAGCCUGCGGGCGCAAUUUUUGACACUUUUCGCCAGCCGGCGCUGCCACACAUCGCUGCAACGCCGAUAAGCUCGUAAAACAGCAAGUGCUCUCAAUAAAACUCAGUGCUCUCACAAAAAAGCGCCGCAGCCGCUACGCGAGCGCGACGGAAACUCGGCUCUGACAAUAAUGCACCGCCUCGCCCGCCGCGCAGCGCUCCCUCUAGGAGCCUGCGCCGUCCUCCCUACGUCACGCCCGAGAGCAGAGGACCGCGCCCCCGCGGUCCAACGGCGUUUAACCGCAGUAGCCGAUCUUGCGAUAGAAGCCCAGCUCUUCCAGCCCGCCGUGCCCUGGCCCCAGUGGGACUGCAACUGGGACCAUAGGGAACUUGAUAGCCGAGGGAGGAGACGUUCCCUGUUAAAACCUUCCGGUGCGCCCAGAAGGCAUUUGAUCUUGAUACGGCACGGCCAGUACGACGAAUCUGCGGGAGACGACUCCGGACGGGUCCUCACCGCUCUAGGUAAACGGCAGGCCGUACAAGCGGGCAAACGAGUCGCUGAAUUGUUAAGUCAGCCCGGCGCCGUGUGCCGAGGCGUCCACUCGUCUCGUCUAGCAAGGGCCGUGGAGACCGCCGACCUCAUCCACGCCCAACUCAAUAACGUGCCGCGCCUGCCCGGAGAUCCGCAGCUAAACGAAGGCGUGCCCUGCCACGCGAUCCCCGACGGCGUCCACCACGCGGCUGCGGUCUAUAGAGAUGGAGCUCGGAUUGAAGCCGCCUUCCGCAAAUAUUUCAAGCGAGCUCUGCCGUGGGACGAGAUCGACGAUGAUGAUGGCGACGAGGACCACCCGGUCGCCUAUCCUCCGGUGAACGCGCCGACCGACGAGUACGACGUGUUGGUGUGCCAUGCCAACGUUAUUAGAUUUUUCGCUUUGAGGGCGCUGCAGUUACCUCCAGAAGGGUGGCUGCGGCUCUGCACGAUGAACUGCUCCGUGACGCACGUCACGAUCAGUCCCGACGGGAAGGUGUCCUUGCGGUCCUUAGGCGACACGGGCCAUCUAUCGGUCGACGAGGUGACGUUCGGGACGUAUACGGGGACGAACUGGUAAGGCUAGGCUG